GUCCUGCUUGAAGAUUCGUACCACCCACCCACCCUCUAUAAAAAUCAAGCAGAAGCGGAAACUUGUGUAUGUCUAAACAUUUCAGGAUCAGUUUCAAUUCCAAAAAUUGAAAUUGAAAUUCAAUUUCAUUUUCUUUUUCAUCUGGGCGUCCUCCUCAUUUGUACGGAAAAAAAACAAACAAACGAUGUUUGUGAGACACGGACACAUCUGGUUUUUGAAGAAAGACGAUAAGAACUCCUGGAAGUUGUUCUUUUUGUUUUACAUAUACGUUAACCUUCUUCGCUCUGGUUCCUGAGUUUGUUUCUCUCAAAUUCCACUUCCCCCACCCCACUUGUUAUUUAGUUAUUGUAAUUUUAAUUUAAUUUAAUUUAAAGAACUGAAAAGGAUGGAUGAUCAUACCACCAUUUUUGGAUCCAUAGAAGAAAACAAUCUAGAAUUCGUUGUUGUUGAUGACCUUUCAUCACCUGAUGGUGGAUGGUUAGAGAGUCCUGAUCUCUCAUCUUCACCCCUUUUGGACUUUUCGUCGUCUUACCUUGAUACCGCCAUAGGAUGUUUCGAUCCAAACAUCUCUACAGAUGAUCGGCUGAUUCAAGCAAUCGAGUAUUUGAACAAAAGAUGCAUAAUGGACAAGGAUCUUCUUCUUCAGUUGUGGCUGCCGGUUACUAGACAAGGCAAACGGGUCCUCACCGCAGAGGAUCAACCGUUUAUUAUUACCUCAGAUUGUACAGAUCUGUCGAAUUACCGAGAGAUUUCCAAGAGCUGUAGAUUUGCUGCUGAGUAUGAUUCCACAGAGAUGAUCGGUUUGCCAGCCGUUGUUUACUUGAACAAGUUUCCUACAUGCGCAACAGAUCUUCGACUCGUUGCACAAGGGAGCGAUCCACGCGCGAUUUAUGCUCAAAAACUCAAUCUUUAUGGGUGCCUUAACCUUCCUGUAUUCGAUCUAGACGGUGAAACUUGCCUUGGUGUCAUUGAAGUUGUGACGACUUCCCAGAAAGUAAACUUCCAUGAUCAACUCCAAAACAUCUGUAAAGCUCUUGAGGCUGUGGAUCUUAGGACUUCGGAGUUCUUGAUUCAUCCAAAGCUAAAGGAUUUUAGUGAGCCAUAUGAGGUGGCGCUUGCAGAGAUUCGAGAUGUUUUAAGAUGCAUAUGUAACACGCUCAAACUACCGUUGGCUCAAACAUGGGGCGGAUGCAAAAGCGGAUCGGGACACCCUGAUACUACCAUAUCGAUUAUUGAAUCCGCUUGUUAUGUGUUUGAUCCCCGAGUUUUGGGCUUUUUCGAAGCAUGCUCGGCGUUGCAGCUUGUAGCAGGAGAAGGUAUUGCUGGUAAAGCGUUGGGUACAAACCAACCUUGCUUUACUGACAUUAAUGAUUUUUGUAGGGCUGAUUAUCCUGCAGCUCUUGAAGCUAGGAUGUUUGGACUCGAAAGUGCUGUAGCAAUACGCCUUCAUAGCACCUACACAGGACCGUUAGAUUUCAUCUUGGAGUUCUUUUUACCUCGUGACUGCAAAAGCGAUGUAGAACAAGAACAGAUGAGAAGCUCGAUAGCUUCUAUGAUAAAAAAUCUUUCUUGGAGCUUGCACGAGAUACAAGAUGAAGAAUUAGCGGAACAAGCUUCGUUUCCAGUCGAAGAAACAAAUACCCGCGAUGAAUCUUGGAUUUCCGAUAUGCUGGAAGCCCAACGCAGGGGCGAAAACGUCGUUUUGACCAUGGGGUGUCAUAAGGAAGAACCGCAAGACGAGUUUCAUGCCAUAAACCAAUUCUAUCAUGGACUCGCAUUUUCCGAUCCUGAAAAGCAAACUUAUUUCGGAUGGGGAUCCAAGUCAAAAGGUCAAACAUUGGGCACCAAACGGUCAACCGAAAAGGGUCGGGCCAGAACAGAGAGAAACAUUAGUUUGCAAGUUCUCCAGCAACAUUUUCGGGGAAGUCUUAAAGAUGCUGCCAAGAGUAUCGGCGUGUGCCCGACAACCUUGAAACGGAUAUGCAGGCAGCAUGGAAUCAUGAGAUGGCCGUCUAGAAAGAUCAAGAAAGUAAGCCAUUCGCUUAAGAAACUGCAACUGGUUAUUGAUUCAGUGAAAGGUGCUGAUGGCAUGAUUCAACUCGGGUCAUUCUACACAAAUUUCCCCGAAUUAAGCUCCCCUAGUCCCAAACCAAAAGUCAAAGACCCGGUCAACCUCCUGAAAAGUCAAACAACGCCAACCAAUUCUUCAUCAUCUUGCAGCCGCGGGUCCAGUUGUCCAACAGGAACAGAAAAGUUGGUUCAUGAGCUACAAGUAGCAUCUAAUAACGAUGAUAAACCGAAGAGCAUGUCACAAGAGAAAGGUGUGUUUAGAGUGAAAGCUAGUUAUGGACAUGAGAAAAUUCGAUUUAAAAUGACGAAAGAGUGGGGAUUUGGAGAGUUGCAGCAAGAGAUAGCAAGGCGUUUCAGUAUAUACGACAUGGGAAAUGUGAUACUCGAAUACAUGGAUGAUGAGUCUGAAUGGGUAUUGUUGGCAUGUGAUGCUGAUCUUGAGGAAUGCAUGGAUCUACAUGAUACAUCUAGCAAGAAUCAGACGAUUAAACUGUUGAUUCAUCAGCCGUCGUCCCACCCCUCAUUCCUCCAUUAAAACGAUGACAUUCGCAUGUGGUAGUUUUUCUGUUUAUCAUGUUGGUGUCCCACAUGGGCGGUAUUAUGUUUCCGUUUGGGGCUUUUCCCAUUUGAUAUGUUUAGAAAUUGUGUUGAGAGUUCAGAAGUUGUUCUGUGCAGUUAAAAGUGUGAAUGAAUCAUAUUGUAUGAUGCUCGAACUCUUUUAAAAAAUUUGAGAUUGUAAUCGAACCCAAGUAUUGGCUAA